GCGGAUCAUCUCACAUGGGUGAUCCGUGACCCAUAUUUUUCAACAGCAGCGAAGACUAGGAAAAGUGGCCAACUGUAGUUUAAGGAAGCGUAUAGUCCACUGUUUUACACUACGAGCUGCUAUAACAUUAUAUACUGUCUGUGCUGAUCAUCUUUAUGUCUUCUAUUGCUUCGCAGCUACGGACAUUUAUCUUUCCUACGCCGCUGUCUGUAUUUGGCAAAUUGUGUUCUUCAUUACCAGUUCAUCUAGACCAUCUGUUCUCCUCGAAUACAAAUCUCUGCAGUACUUUCUACACAUUUGAUCCAGAAACCUACUACACUUCCCUUCUUGAAAAAUCGGUCAGCAAGAACCAUCUCAAUCAAAUUCAAGCAAAGUUAUACACCAACGGCCUCGAAAACAAUGGUUUUAUAAUCGCCAAAUUUAUCCAUGUUUGCUCAAAUCUUAAAGAAAUUAGUUAUGCUCACCAAGUGUUUGAUAAAUUCCCGGAUCCCUAUGUUUUCUUGUGGAAUGCAAUUAUCAGGGGAUAUUCCAUGCACAACAUGUUUGCAAACGCCAUUGAACUGUACACAAGAAUGCAGCAUGCUUACGUGAAUCCAGAUUCAUUUACGUUUCCCCAUGUGCUUAAAGCUUGUGGUGGCUUAGUAGCUAUAGGCAUUGGUACUGCGGUUCAUGCACAGAGUUUUAGACUUGGGUUUGAGAACGAUGUCUUUGUACAAAAUGGGCUCGUGGCAUUCUAUGUUAAGUGUAACAAAAUUUGCUAUGCUGGUAAUGUUUUUGAUGGGUUACAAGACAGGAGUGUUGUUUCAUGGACUUCGAUUAUUUCUGGGCAUGCUCAGAAUGGGCAGCCUAUGGAGGCCUUGAGGAUUUUUAGUAAAAUGAGAGCAUCAAAUGUGAAACCUGAUUGGAUCAAUUUGGUUAGUGUUCUAAGAGCUUAUUCUGAUGUGGAGGAUUUAGAACAGGGAAGAAGUAUUCAUGGCUUGGUUAUCAAAGUGGGACUUGAAUUUGAGCCUGACUUGCGGAUAGCACUUACUGCUAUGUACGUCAAAUGUGGGCAGGUGAUUGUUGCGAAAUCGUUGUUCGAUCAAAUGAAGAUUCCCAACGUGAUUCUCUGGAAUGCCAUGUUGUCUGGAUUUGCUAAAAAUGGUUAUGCAGAUGAAGCCUUGGAGCUUUUUAGUGAGAUGAUAUCCAAAAGCAUUAAGCCUGAUGCUGUCUCUGUACAGUCUGCUGUCUUGGCUUCUGCCCAAGUGGGGUCACUUGAUCGAGCAAGAUGGAUGCAUGACUUUGUUAAUAAUAGUGAGUACAAAGGUGACAUUUUUGUGAGCACAGCUCUCAUUGACAUGUAUGCAAAAUGUGGAAGUGUUGAACUGGCUCGCCAACUAUUUAACAGUACUGUAAAUAAAGAUGUAGUCGUAUGGAGUGCAAUGAUAGUGGGUUAUGGAUUACAUGGAUGGGGAAGAGAGGCUAUUGAGCUUUUUGGCAUAAUGAAGCAAGCAGGGGUGCGCCCUAAUGAUGUCACAUUCGUUGGUCUCCUCACAGCAUGCAACCAUUCUGGUCUCGUAGAAGAGGGCUGGAAAUUUUUCCUCUGCAUGAAGGAUUAUGGUGUCGAGCCCAACGACCAGCAUUAUUCAUCCGUGGUUGACCUUUUAGGCCGUGCAGGAUACAUAGAAAAAGCAUACAAUUUUAUCAUGAACAUGCCCAUUGAACCUACUGUUUCAGUUUGGGGAGCUCUUUUGAGCGCAUGUAAGAUCUAUCGCCAUGUUUCAAUUGGGGAAUAUGCAGCAGAGAGACUUUUUUCUUUAGACCCAUUAAAUACAGGCCACUAUGUGCAACUCUCUAAUCUUUAUGCUUCUGCCUGCAUCUGGGCUGGUGUUGCAAAAGUUAGAGUAUUGAUGCGGGAGAAAGGAUUAAGUAAAGAUGUGGGAUAUACUAUGAUUGAGAUUGAUGGGAAGCUUCAGGCUUUUCGAAUGGGAGAUAAGUCUCAUCCAAGAUCAAAAGAAAUAUAUAACGAGCUUGAGAGGUUAGAGAAGAGAUUAUUGGAGUCUGGAUUUGUCCCAGAUACAGAAUCAUCUUUGCAUGACUUAGACAAAGAAGACAAAGAGGUUACUCUGUGUAAUCAUAGCGAGAGAUUAGCAAUUGCCUAUGGCCUCAUUAGUACACCUCCCGGAAUUACACUUAGAAUAACCAAAAAUCUGAGGGCAUGUGCAAAUUGCCAUUUAGCAACCAAGUUAAUAUCAAAGCUUGUUAACAGGAAGAUAGUUGUGAGAGAUGCAAAGCGGUUCCAUCAUUUUAAGAAUGGAAUUUGUUCUUGUGGGGAUUAUUGGUGAGAAGUGUAUUUAUCUUGUGAAUUAUCACGCAUACCGGUUCACAGACUAAUCUUGGAAAAGGCUGACAGGAAUGAGUCAACUAAUUCUUAUAAAGGUGCAUUUUAUUGAUUUAUUAUUUUUUUUAUUUUUUUUUUUAAAGUUCUU